GUUCGUAAGUCAUCAAAAUGAAAAUCACACGCUACAAGAAAGUUCAAAAAUAUCUAAAGUUCUACUAUAACAACUUCGGUUUCCACCAGCCGUACCAAGUCUUGAUAGAUGGAACAUUUUGCUUCGCCGCAUUCACCGAACAUAUUAACAUCAAAGAGCAAGUACCCAAGUAUCUGAACAGCCAAGUAAAGCUCCUCACCACAAGAUGCAUCAUAAUCGAGACAGAGAAGAUCGCCAAGAAGACCCACGGUGCCCUGACCAUUUUGAAACAAUUCGGCACACAUGAAUGUGGCCACAAAGAAGCUAUAUCUGGAGCUAAUUGUAUCUUGUCUAUGGUUGGUAAGAAAAACCCUAAACAUUAUAUAGUGGCAACACAAGACAGGGACUUGCAAGAAAAACUAAGGCAGAAAGCUGGUAUGCCUCUUCUAUAUUUACAUAAUAAAUCUCCUACCUUUGAGAAACCUUCGCAAGCAAGCUACGACAAAGCAGGCAAAGCCCUAGAAGCCAACCCUUUCAUCACUGAAACUCAAAAUGAGGCUUUGAAAAUCAUGAAAGAAGUAUUUGGGGUGAAACAAGAAGAAUCUAAACAGAUAAUUAAAAAGAAAAAGCCCCACAAUCCAAAUCCUUUGUCCUGCAAAAAGAAAAAAAAUAAGCCGGCAAAAAGCUAGAAGCUUAAAGCGGGAGUGAGUGAGGGGAAAGUAAGGAAGCGGAAGAAAAAGAAGCUCCCUAAACAUUUGAAGGAGCAAUUGAAAAGUGCUGUGAAUACUUAAGUAAAAUAAAGGAUAUUGAGUAAGAA